CAGAACUGAGGCACCAUGCAAGGGGGCCAGAGACCUCAGCUCCUCUUGCUGCUGUUGGCUGUCUGCCUGGGGGCCCAGAGCCGCAACCAAGAGGAGCGUCUGCUAGCGGACCUGAUGCGAAACUACGACCCCCAUCUGCGGCCGGCUGAGCGCGACUCAGAUGUGGUCAAUGUCAGCCUGAAGCUUACCUUGACCAACCUCAUCUCCCUGAAUGAACGAGAGGAGGCCCUCACGACUAACGUCUGGAUAGAGAUGCAAUGGUGCGACUAUCGCCUGCGCUGGGACCCGAAAGACUACGAAGGCCUGUGGAUAUUGAGGGUGCCAUCUACCAUGGUCUGGCGGCCAGAUAUCGUCCUGGAGAACAAAUCCCAGACUUACAGCACCAGUGAGAUCAACUUGCAGCUGAGCCAGGAGGACGGGCAAGCCAUUGAGUGGAUCUUCAUUGACCCGGAGGCCUUCACAGAGAAUGGGGAGUGGGCCAUCCGGCACCGACCGGCUAAAAUGCUCCUGGACUCCGUGGCUCCUGCAGAGGAGGCGGGCCACCAGAAGGUGGUGUUCUACCUGCUCAUCCAGCGCAAGCCCCUCUUCUACGUCAUCAACAUCAUCGCCCCCUGUGUGCUCAUCUCCUCGGUCGCCAUCCUCAUCUACUUCCUUCCUGCUAAGGCGGGCGGCCAGAAAUGCACAGUGGCCACCAAUGUGCUCCUGGCCCAGACUGUCUUCCUUUUCCUUGUGGCUAAGAAGGUGCCUGAGACCUCCCAGGCAGUGCCGCUCAUCAGCAAGUACCUGACCUUCCUCAUGGUGGUGACCAUCCUCAUCGUCGUGAACUCUGUGGUCGUGCUCAAUGUGUCCUUGCGGUCCCCACACACACACUCCAUGGCCCGUGGGGUCCGCAAGGUGUUCCUGAGGCUCCUGCCCCAGCUGUUACGGAUGCAUGUGCGCCCACUAGCUCCAGCUGCUGUCCAGGAUGCCCGGUUCCGAUUCCAGAAUGGCUCUUCCUCAGGGUGGCCCAUCAUGGCUCGAGAGGAAGGGGACCUCUGUCUGCCUCGAAGCGAACUCCUCUUUAGGCAAAGGCAGCGCAAUGGAUUAGUGCAGGCAGUAUUGGAGAAGCUAGAGAAUGGUCCAGAAGUGAGGCAGAGCCAGGAGUUCUGUGGCAGCCUGAAGCAAGCCUCCCCAGCCAUCCAGGCCUGUGUGGAUGCUUGUAACCUCAUGGCUCGUGCCCGACGCCAGCAGAGUCACUUUGACAGUGGGAACGAGGAGUGGUUGCUGGUGGGCCGAGUGCUGGACCGCGUCUGCUUCCUAGCCAUGCUCUCCCUCUUCAUCUGUGGCACUGCUGGCAUCUUCCUCAUGGCCCACUACAACCAAGUGCCUGACCUGCCGUUCCCCGGAGACCCCCGCCCCUACCUGCCUUUGCCAGACUGAGCAAACCAAUCCCUCCUGGGCCCUGGAGUCAGCGAUGAGGGCCAUGCUGUUUGUGGAGCUGUAUCCCGUGUUGAUCCCGUGUGCUCCUGGGGAAGUAACCAAGGCUUCCUGGGAGAAGAUAGAGAAAUAAAGAGACAGAGAGGGAUUUCUGCAGUGGUUGGUGAUGGGUAUGGUCACAUGACUUUGAGCAGUUCUGAUAAAGUCACUUUGAAGCCCUAAGAGCUCUGCCUUUCCUGAUGUCAUUGACUGGGCAAGGUUUUACCCUUUGAGGCCUGAGAAAAUUUCCUCCUGCCAUUUUGUAAGAUUUAUUUUUAUUAUUUUUAACUAUAUGUAUGUAUGU